UGUUUUAAGUUUCAAAUGCUGUAUCAUUUUCAGGGAGACUAUUCUGCUGCUGCAUGCAAUAUUGACCAUAAGUGGUCUCUGUCUUUUGUUCUAUUAACUCAUCUUUUUCUUUUUUACAGAGCUGUAGGGAAAACAUGCCUGCUUAUCAGUUACACCACCAAUGCGUUUCCUGGAGAGUAUAUUCCCACUGUCUUUGACAACUAUUCUGCAAAUGUAAUGGUUGAUGGCAAACCGGUUAAUCUAGGACUGUGGGAUACAGCUGGACAGGAGGACUAUGACAGAUUGCGCCCCCUAUCGUACCCCCAAACGGAUUGGGUUUUAACAGUGAUGACAGACGUCUUCUUAAUCUGCUUUUCACUUGUGAGUCCUGCAUCCUUUGAAAAUGUCCGCGCUAAGUGGUAUCCUGAGGUGAGACACCAUUGCCCAAACACUCCUAUCAUUCUUGUGGGCACCAAGCUGGAUCUGAGAGAUGACAAGGACACAAUUGAGAAACUAAAGGAGAAGAAACUCACUCCCAUCACCUACCCACAGGGACUGGCCAUGGCUAAAGAGAUUGGCGCCGUGAAAUAUCUGGAAUGCUCUGCACUUACACAGCGAGGCCUGAAGACGGUGUUUGAUGAAGCUAUCCGAGCAGUGCUGUGCCCACCCCCCGUCAAGAAGACGAAGAAAAAAUGCAUGAUUCUGUAAACUGCCUUCUCAGUCUUUGCUUUCCUCAAAACAUUUGAAUAUGGCAUUUUUCUUCCUAUUCUAAUUAGUGUUUCCUAUCUUCCAUAAUCUUACCUUUUAAAUAAAAUCCCAGUUAGCUUUCAUGAUUUAGUUUUGAAAACAAAUAUUGAAAUGUGCUGCCUUCUAAACAUUUUAUAACUUGCUGAAAUUUCGCAAAAAAAAAUCCCAUCAAACAAUUUUUCCUUUACUUCGUAGAGUUCCCAUUGUUUGUUUACAGUCUUCAAAGUGUUGCCAAAACUAUCCACUGUAAAUAAUGAAACAUUGGAAGUCCUACUGCAAACACAAACUAAUUUUUUGUUGUUUUAUUAUGGUUUACAUCUGUUUUAAGGAAACUAAAUCUGGCUUUGUUAAAGGUUUUUUUUUUUUUUUUUAAAUAGUAAUGGUUACAUAGUUUUAAAAAAAUACUAACUUCUAGUUUUUAAAAAAUUGCUUAAAUGUUAUCCGAGGUGUGGUAUUGUAGUGUGCAACUAUUGAACACUAACCUGUGUUUACUGUAUGCUUAUAAAAAUUACUGUAUUCAAUGGUUUGAGAUUCACAAUUAAAUGUGUUAUUGUUGCAAGAGAUGCAAAUUAAUCCAACUCUUGCUGCUGCAAUUUAAAAUCCAAAAAGAAACCGCUGUAACUUUUUGCGAAGGUAUUAUUCUGUCCCUCUCACCCCACUCAUAUAUAGAGGAAAUAGGAAACCUAAGGAUCCCUUUUUGUGUGAAACUGCAGUAUUGCUAAGAUUAGUUUUGGCAGAGAUUUGAUUAUUUGCGCUACUAAGUAUCAAAAAUAACUGACCUGCAACAUCUAGGUUGUAGUGGUGCAACAGCUAGCCAGAUUUUAUGACAUGGAUCUUGCAUUCAGGAUUUCUCUACCACUUUUGGUAUUGGGGCAUUUAUAUGGUAAUCAGUCAUUCUCAUAACUAUCUUGAUUAUCUUCCUUUCUUUAAAAAGCACAUUUUAAAUCCAAGUAACAAAGCCUGUGUGAGACUUAAAACAUCAGUUUGGGUAAUAAAGAUGUUCAACUAAAACCCAAUUUGCCUAUUGCGUAGGCUGGUUCGUUAUUACAAACAAUCUGGUGUUCUUUGGUGUUGCAAUCCUGUGAUUGUUUUAAUUUUAAGCUACAUUAAAGUUUCACAUCACUAUUUUAAACUAACACUGUAAGUCUCAUGUGGUGCAGUACCUCAUUUAAUAGAGCUGUAACUCUUGAUUGUGUUGCUUCCUACAUUAAGGUUUUUAAUAUUGCUGCAGAUAUUCUACAAUAUACUAUAUUUAGUGAGUGGUAGAAGGAGUUUUAGAAUUUCAAUGUGAUUUUUAUAGUGAAAUUGCAUUUUAUGCUCAACCUUUUGAACCACUGGAACAAAACAUUUACUAGGAUAUGCAGGUAGGUGUCUCGACAUUCCUGCUGAUGUAUUUAACAGAAUAUUCUACAUGCAUGAGUGAGCUCAAUUCAUCACUUUACCAGUAUCAGCUUUGGUCAUUUAUAUUUCUGAAAGCAAGGUGCUUUAUUUUUCACACCUUGGAAAAUUGGUAAUACUUUUCUGGAUUUCAACAAAGCCAAUAAACUUUAAUUAAAAAUAAAA